CCCCUCCUCGACAGUCCAGUCGCUACUCGAGGAGAGAGUGGCUUGGAAGCAUCACAGUCAGCUGACUGCAGUCUUAUCGAAGGUCCAACACCUCAACAGCCGGACGGAAUCGCGCGCAGUUUCCCUGAUUCAACCAUGGCUUCUAUUGUGCUCUACCAUUUCCCCCCGUCUGCACCUUGUCGAUUUGCUCUCAUGACGGCCAGGAUGCUUGGCCUUAACGUGAACAUAAAGCUCGUGAACCUUUUGAAGAAGGAGCAGUAUGAACCAGAAUUUUUGAAGAUCAACCCUCAACACUCUGUACCAACAAUAACCGAUGAUGGAUUUCACUUGUGGGAAAGUCAUGCUAUUUCAACGUAUCUUGUGGGAAAAUAUGGACGAGAGUCAGGCUUGUACCCGCUUGAUUUAAAACUACGGGCUUCAGUAGACCAACAAUUGUACUUUGAUGCUGUUGUUCUUUUCCAGCGAAUCAGAGCACUUUGUGUCCCCUUCAUUUACGGAACAGCAUCAUCGGUUCCUGAUGAUGUAAAGAAAGGCGUAGUGGAUGCGAUUGAUAUACUGGAUACUUCCCUGUCGAACAAAACAUGGUUGGUUGGAGACAAAAUUACACUGGCAGAUAUAGCAAAUGUUGCAACUCUGUGCAAUGCUGAGGUUGUAGGAUAUGACCUCUCAAAACAUAGAAAUGUAGCCGACUGGUUUGAUCGUUGCAAAACUACAAUCAAGGGUUUUGAUGAAAAUCUGAAAGGUGUUGCUGAAUUUGGGGCUCUAGUGCGGGCCAACCAUCCAGCUCCUCUUUUCCCUUAAGUAAAAAGAAAAGCAUCCUGAAAACGAAGAAAUUUAAAGAAAUUGAACAAUCAACUGUGUACACACAAGGAAAAGCAUGGCUGCAGACAUAGACAAGUAGAAACGUGUGUGAACCAGGUCGACUGUGAGCAACAGUGUCCCUGCCUGGUCGACUGUGACAUCAGUGCGUCCGCCAGUUCGAAUGCUGGCAUAGCAGUGUGCCUACCUUGUACUUGGAGGACGCUCCCUGUUAGGUACACCUACUGAUCUGACCUGGCUUCCAGUGAGAGAUGAAAAUUACCAUUUUGCAGGCGGCAAGGACUGAAUGCUUGGCUCCUUUAUUUGGGCCCACUUGACGCCUAGAUCUGAAAGGGAGAAAGUGGAUUUCUACCAACAUACCUCGAGGGUGCCUGGUACGCACACUGCUGCUGUACAGUUGAGCUACGAACGGCACUCAGUUCCUUGGGUGUGCCCGAAGGCUCUUACUUGUGGGACACUCAUGGCCAAUUUGUUAUUUCUCUGAAGUAAAUUUGAUAUUUAAAGAA